CAAAACAAGCGCACGUACUGCCCGGGGAUGACGUGAUGACGUCACCCCUGUGUUUGUAUGUGGUUGUUAAGCAGUAGCUGCUAACUAGCAUUGAGCCUCUUCUCCAAACAUGCACUGAUUUUACAGCUGGCAGAGAUGGCAGUGUGUGCACUGACCAUGUUGGAUGGGAUGGAGGCCGAGGUAACGGCAGCAGGUGGCGUGUUGCUCCUGGCCCUGGCCCUCGUCUUGGCUUGGCUCUCAACCCACGUGGCUGACCGGGGAGACCAUAUACUGGGCACCAUCCUCACUGUGGGCGCUCACGCCUCUCUUAUCAGACUGGGAGGCCAUGACAGUUACAGCGGAGGGUCUUCCAGUGCCGACACCCCUGAACAGCAGACUCCUCCACCUUCACAAGAGAACAAGCCGGAUGACAGCGAGUCGGGGACUGACAGAGGAGAGGGUGAGGGGGCAGGAGAAGGAGCCGAGGGGGUUAGGAGAGAUCUCUUGCUGGACAUACAGAGCAAACAACAACAGGCUGGAAGGCUGCAUACUUCAGAUGAGGAUGAUGAUGAAGUUGAUGAUGAUGAUGAGGACCUGGAGGAGGAAGAUAAAAAAAUUAUAAACCAUAUGCCGAUGUUGUCCACGACCAUCUCCCCAACCAACACCACUACAACUGCUACCACCACUUACAUCUCUGUCCGUCUGAAGUAUUUAAAUGACACGGAGGAAGUCGCUGUUGUAGAACCACAGGAUACAGUUGGAGUACUGAAAAGUAAAUACUUCUCAGGUCGGGAGCAUCAAAUCAAACUUAUCUACCAAGGCCAGUUGCUGCAGGAUCCCAAAAGGACUCUGAUAUCACUAAACAUCACUCACAACAGCGUGAUCCACUGCCACAUCUCACAGGCUCUGCACGAGGCUACUCCAGAGGAGGGGGCUCAGUCUGGGGCUGGACCAGGAGUCGGGCCCGGGGUCUCUGGAGGAUUCCGGGCUGCUGGUGUUGCCGUCAGCACCAGCAGCCUGGUGGUGCCUGUGUUUGUGGUGAUACUGGCUGUGGUGUGGUACUUCCGCAUCAACUACAGGCAGUUUUUCACCGCCCCUGCGACCAUCUCCCUCGUGGGAGUUACUGUGUUCUUCAGCUUUCUGAUAUUUGGGAUGCACAGCCGCUGAAAAGGCAGAGAGAGGGCUCUCGCUUACAGCUGACUGUUGUGAGGUAAAAUAAAAAAAACUACAGCAGUGGGUCUGGAGAGCCAGGCUACUCAAAAAGGGGCUCGGUGAGGCCACAGAUGAUUUGAUUCCUGCAGAGUGAGUGUGUGGGUGGCUAGGUGAGCCAGUUUGUGCAUGUACCAAGAUAAAAAUACAUAAACUGAUGACUGAUUGUACAGUUUAUGUGCGGUAACUAACCUGCAGCUGAACCAUACUUUAGCUUCUCUUCAACAUGACUUAGUGGUUCACUCCAUGUUUAAACACUCUGGCUUAAUCCUGUCUGCUCUUUUUAAGAUUAAUAAUCCUUCCCUGUACCUCAUUGUUUUUUCAGGCCACUGCUUCUGUGUUCAAGAAAAAAUGCAAAAUUGACUGAUGGAUAUAAGAAUCUAAAAUCUUAUGGAACCACUCACUGUUGUGCUGUGUGCCAGUCUAGCAUUAUUUCAUGUCAUUUGAAUGAUUUAAGCUCUCUGUGAGUAAAUGUGGACUGUACAGCUGCCUCAGUGAUAGGCUGAAAUCAUCAGAUAUUUUUGUUGCUCAAAAAACUGUUGCUAUGUAAACAUAGGCUAAUUUAAAUAAUCACUAAACAUAAAAAUAGACACUUUUUGAGAAGAUAUUGUAAAUAUAAUGUGUAUUUUCUGUAAAUCGAAUGAACCUGCAUCUGGCACUUAAAGAUUUGGAGGGGGACAUUGAACCCUCUUGAUUAUGCUGGACUGCUCUGGCUUCAGUGAUGUCUCAAAUUAAAGCAAUUCAAACCAAA